AAGCCGGAACUAAACCCGCAGGGCUCACCAGGUGCCUGUAGCUCCUGGCAGCACCUGCAUCCCCGUUUUUAGUUAGUGGGUGCUCUAUCCUUCCGAGGCUCGGGAGCCCUGCCGUGCCGUCACCUGGUGUAGGAUGGAGCGUUCGAGUCCUCUCCGAGAGGAGCACCCCAAGCCCUUGGGCCGGGGAGGCAUCAUGGCUGCCAGCCUCGUGGGAUUGCUUCUACUUGAGGCUGUAUCGUGGGCAUCAGGUGCCCGCCCCUGCAGCCCCAGAAGCUUUGGCUACAGCUCGGUGGUCUGUGUCUGCAAUGCCACCUACUGCGACUCUCUUGACCCCCUGACCCUGCCUGCCUCUGGCACCUUUGCCCGGUACGAGAGCACGCGCAGUGGGCGCCGCAUGGAGCGGAGUCUGGGGCCCAUCCAGGCCACCCGCACGGGCCAAGGGCUGCUCCUGACCCUUCAGCCAGAUCAGAAGUUCCAGAAAGUGAAGGGGUUUGGAGGGGCCGUGACAGACGCCGCCGCCCUCAACAUCCUCGCCCUGUCAGCCCCCGCCCGCAAUUUGCUCCUCAAAUCCUAUUUCUCCGAAGAAGGCAUCGAGUACAACAUCAUCCGGGUGCCCAUGGCCAGCUGCGACUUCUCCGUCCGCACCUACACCUACGACGACAGCCCUGAUGACUUCCAGUUGCGUGACUUCAUCCUCCCCGAGGAAGACGUCAAGCUCAAGAUACCCCUGAUUCACCAGGCCCUGGAGCUAGCCCCACGCCCUGUGUCACUCUUCGCCAGUCCCUGGACAUCACCCACUUGGCUGAAGACCAACGGGGCAGUGAAUGGGAAGGGGUCACUCAAGGGGCAGCCCGGAGAUCUCUACCACCAGACCUGGGCCAGAUACUUUGUUAAGUUCCUAGAUGCCUACGCCGAGCACAAGCUGCAGUUCUGGGCAGUGACGGCAGAGAACGAGCCUUCCGCGGGUCUGAUCAGCGGGUACCCCUUCCAGUGCCUGGGCUUCACCGCUGAGCAUCAGCGGGACUUCAUCGCCCGGGACCUGGGUCCCGCCCUCGCCAACAGCACACACCGCGAUGUCCGCCUGCUCAUCUUGGACGAUCAGCGCUUGCUGCUGCCCCGCUGGGCCCAGGUGGUGCUCGCAGACCCGGAGGCGGCCAAGUAUGUUCAUGGCAUCGCGGUCCACUGGUACCUGGACUUCCUGGCCCCAGCCAAGGCCACCCUGGGGGAGACCCACCGCCUGUUCCCCGACACCAUGCUCUUCGCCUCAGAGGCGUGCGUCGGCUCCAAGUUCUGGGAGCAGAGCGUGCGCCUGGGCUCCUGGGACCGAGGGAUGCAGUACAGCCACAGCGUCAUCACGAACCUCCUGUACCACGUGGUCGGCUGGACGGACUGGAACCUUGCCCUGAACCCCGAAGGGGGACCCAACUGGGUGCGCAACUUCGUCGACAGCCCCGUCAUCGUGGACAUCGCCAAAGACACGUUUUACAAACAGCCCAUGUUCUAUCACCUUGGCCACUUCAGCAAGUUCAUUCCGGAAGGCUCGCAGAGAGUGGGGCUGCUGGCCAGCGAGAAGAACAGCUUGGACACAGUGGCGCUGCUGCGCCCCGACGGCUCUGCGGUUCUGGUCGUGCUGAACCGCUCCUCCAAGGACGUGCCCCUCACCAUCGCAGACCCUGCUGUGGGCUUCCUGGAGACCCUGUCCCCUGCCUACUCCAUCCACACGUACCUGUGGCGUCGCCAGUGACGGGGCAGAGACACCGGCAGCACUGGGUUCACUACGGGCAUUAAAGGGGCAGAGUCGGCUCA